AUGAGGAGAAAAACAAGAGAGGUGGAAAGAAAGGAGGCAGUAGCAGCACAAACCGGCGAGGCAGGCCGCGAGGCAAAGGGCAACGGCGGGGAAGCGAGCGCCAAUGUGUUGGUCACUCUGUGUGGCUCCUGGACCGAUGGACUCAGAGCCUUGGACAUAAUUGCCGCUGAUGUGAUCUCAGGCAUCAACUACCGCGGACAGCAUGGUGCGCCCGUGUCCUCGGUGCUGGUGACCACGUGGCUGCUUUGCUGGUCCUUCCACGGGUCCGAGCAGGCCAGAAGACCCAUGCGCCGGCUCGUCGCCGGUCGCUCCCUGACGCCACUAGGAUGGGGCGAGUACUGCGACGGAACCAGGUGGGCUUACAAGACACCGCAGUGCGGAAACGCGACGAGGGCGGACACCGUUGAUACGAAAAACGAGGCGGGCUGGCCGGCAUUCGAGAGUGCGUGUGGCAGCCCGAGCCAGUCGCCAAUCAACAUCAACUUCUUGCAGACGAGCUUCAAGAGCUUCGGGCCCAUCUCCUUCCUCGGCUACAACGUGCCCUUCCGCUUCGCUAUCGAGAACGGAGGACACGCGCUGUACAUCACGCCAUUGUACGCCCACCUCGAGUCCUACGGCGGACCGCUGCCCGCGCGCUACAACCUCUCCAAGGGCAUCUUUCAUUUCGGCAACGAGACCAGCCCGCGGGGCUCUGAGCACACCAUCGACGACCGAAACUUCGCCGCCGAGCUCCAACUCCUGGUGUCCUCAGAGAAGCCCACGCCCACUGAAUGCAUCCGGCGUGGCCAGGGGCUGGCCAUUUUCGUCAUACUGUUUGAGAAACAUGAGCAAAACAACCCGUUUCUGGACACGCUCAUCAAUGCCUCGGAGCACAUGACGUACCGCGGCAACAAGACGGAGGUGACGAUGCCCCUGGCCUACCUGCUGCCCAACACGACGCAACACUACUACAUCUACCUGGGCUCGCUCAGCUUCCCCCCGUGCACCAGUGACGCCUUCGUCGUGGUCUUCAGAAGCACCGUGGCCAUCGGAGAGCAGCAGGCGAGCGGCGUCUCUUUUCACUCGCAUAUGGUGCUGUAUGGUGUCACGAGAGGAGGGCGUCGUAAUUUUGAUUACGAUCAGGAGCUGUUGAUGACACGCGAUAUCAUGGACCCGUGCGCACACAUUUUUCACAGCGUAUUGUGUCCAUCGUCGCGGCAAGCUUAUCGUUAUCGUGCCGAUCUCUAUCGUAAGUGGCCGACUCACGAGCGCCGGCCAAUGGCGAACACGGGCUCGGAUUCGAGAAGCGUUUUCCUUUUUUCUUUUUUCUUUUUUCUUGAGCGUGGCAACAUGGCUACAUUGUGGCUACAACUUGAAUCCGGUUCCACCGCGUGGAAAUUAAACGAACAUUGUACUGGUAACGAAGAAUAAAAUUUGUGUAGCUGCAAAUUCAUCUAAAUUUUGCCCUUAUCCCU